AUGCCUCCAAAAAAAGAUAACAAAAAAAUAGAAAAAGAGAAACAAAAAAUAGUAGAGGAUAAAACGUUCGGACUAAAAAAUAAAAAUAAAAGUAAAAGUGUUCAAAGAUAUAUAAAAGGAGUUCAACAACAAGUGUUUCAAACAAAAAAAAAAAGUUGUGAUGAUAAAAGAAAAGAAGAAAAGGAAAAAGAAAAACUAAAUCAACAAAAGCUAUUAUUAAAUUCAAUUUAUCAAAAAACUGAAAAAGUUAAAAAAAUAAAUGAAUCAUCAACAUAUGAUCCAAAAAAAUCUAAAGAAGCACAGAAAAUUGAUAUAUAUACAGAUAUUAGAGAUGCUAAAAAUGAAAAAGAAGAUGACACAAUAGACAAGUGGGAUAUUCAUAAGUUAACAGAAGUUAUAAAUAUAAGACAUAAAAAUAUUAAUAAAACUGAUAUAAUAUGUAAAUAUUUUUUAAGUGCUGUUGAAAACAAGCAAUAUGGUUGGUUUUGGGUAUGUCCUAAUGGAGGAGAUAAUUGCAAGUAUAAACACUGUCUACCUCAAGGAUACGUAUUAAAGAAACAAGAAACACCUGAAAAUGAAAAAGAGGAAAAACCCUUAGAAGAUAUCAUCGAGGAGGAGAGAAUGAAAUAUAUAAAUAAUGGUACACCCGUUACAUUGGAAUUAUUUAAAAAAUGGAAAACAGAAAGAGAAGAAAAGAAAAAAUUAAAAAAAGAAGAGCAAAAAGAAAAAGAUAAAUCAGAAAAAAAAAAUAAAAAUACCGUUUUAUCUGGAAAAGAACUAUUUUCUUAUGAUCCAACAUUAUUUGUUGAUGAUGAUAAUGCCGCAAAUACCAAUGAAUAUGAUGAUCUAUUUUACGAUGAUGAAGAAGAAAAAAAAGAAAGCAUUGAAAAGAAAAAUGAUGCUAAUGGAGAAAUUAAAGAAAAUAAAAAUGAUAAAAGAGAAGAUGAAGUACCUAUAAAUAGUGAACUUUUUAUUGAUGAAUUGGAUGACCUAGAUGAAUUAGAUUAA